AUGGAUCCACGCUUCGUGCUCAUACUUGCAGCUCCACUUGUUGUUCAACUAAAAAUUAAUCUGACGCUUACUAUAGCCAUAGCUCUGGAGCGAAUGCUGGCUCUUUUGUUUCCUGUAUGCUAUCGUAAACUUCCUGCAUCCAAAUAUGCCGUGUACUGUCUGCUGGUUGGCUCCUUUCUGGGAACUGUUGAUCUCGUUUUGCUAUUCGCUCUCACUCCUUUCAAACGAUCACCACAAUGUGGUGCUUUUGGAUGCUUCAUUAGUGCAGAAUAUCGAUUUUACUUGGGAAACAGCAACAUGGCUAUGGGGAUCGUGGUGAUUAUAUUGAUAACCAUUCUAAUCAUCAGGUUACGGUUUAUGCAAAGACAAAGGGUCCAUAACAGUCAAUCAUGGGAGUCGCAGAUGUUUAUGCAGGCCAAUCGCACCUCUGCAGGAAUUCUUGUGACUUCAGUGUUGUUUGUCACAAUUCCAAGCGUUGGCGUCGGUGUCAUUGAAGUGUUCGGUUACUCCAUAUUCAGGGCCAUUGGCCCUUUCUACUCAGUUGGCCUCCUUUGUGCAGGUAAGUAA